AUGGUAUGUAUAAAUGAAACCAUUUUGUAACUAAUGUAUGUCUGUUUCUAAGGGUUAUGGUGGAUAUGAGCAAUCUGGUGCUUCUGGAUAUGGACAAAGCCAAAGUGGGUAUGGUUCAAGUUAUGGACAAGGACAGUCAGGGAUGAAUUCAUCUCAGUCGUCAACAGGCUAUCGACAGGGUGGGCACAGCUAUGGGAGUGGGAGUGAGAGCUCCCACAAUACUUAUGGACAGCAACCGUUGUAUGGAAAUUACGGGCAGCAUUCAGAUUCUCCUAGCAGCCUAGGCAAAUUUAUUCUACUUACCCCUGAUUGACUUAUUGUAACAUGGGAUUGACUCCGAGCCCUGGUUCUCCCAAUCCCGACUUCCACUUUGAACAGCUGCAGCACAAGAACUCAAACGGUAAGUAAACCUUCAUCCUGCGGCUAUUGCAUGACCAUUGUUAAAGUACACUUAAUGUAUUUGGGUGCAGAGUGCUCUUAUCCACUACAAUCCUGAAUUCACAAUGCAGUUGUGUAGUUGUAACUUUCUUAGCAAUAACCCAUUUCUGCUGUGCUGAUUGUAUCUUGUUUCUGCUUUAAAAUCAUUUGAUGUGUGAGAUGUAUUAUUAAAUUCCAUUGAAAGGACACUUGAUACCAGGUUAUGGAGCUGUUUUGAUUUCAAUUGAAACUCCAUUAAUGCCAAACUCAUGACUUUAUUCCACCAUAACCUUAACUCUUGGGAAUCUAGUGACCUUUUUUGGUUCCCAGGACAGGAGUUUACAGCAUUUUUUUUUCCUUCCUCUUUUUGGUCACGCCACCAAAGCCUUAUUAACCAUGCUAUUUCAAUUUUUACCCUUCAAGUACAGGUUCCUCCCAGAGGAUAAAACUGCAUCCUUAUCUCCUGAAGACUCUCUAUGGAACAUGCUGUAGUAUGAUGCAAUUGGUGUUGCAAUUUUCCAAAAGCUUCUAUCUAAAAAUGAGACUUGGUACUUAUUUACUGGCAUUCAGCUUGGAAUUAUCUUUUUAAAUUCCAAGUUGUCUGCACUUUUCUUAUAACAACUAUGAAGUAUUCAUCAGCGACCAUCACUUUAUAUUUACCUGAAGCUUCAAAAUCUGAAUGAACCAGCGGUUCUGUUGCCCCAACUUCCAGUCAAUUAACAGGAAAGUUUAUGGAACAUUGUACAAAAGGCUAUUUGAAUGGAUGCUUGAUAGGCAUGUAAAUCAUGACCCACAAACUGCCCUGAAUUCUGAGUUAACUAUUGGUUUCCCUAACUACUGAGUAGCCUCUGAACACUCCAUCCCAAUUCACCUCCCCAUGCCCCACACUCCUGCUGGAAACAGUGUGAUAAUUACAACAGGG